AAAGCCUCAGUUGCCCGCAGCCAGUCGCCCAGCAGAAACGUCGCGCUUUAUUUCGCUACCCGCCUUUUUUUCUCCGCCCCACAAUUUGCAUGCUAAAUGCAGAUAUGCAGGCGAAAUGUGAUUAAAAAAGAAGAAGGAAAGGAAAAUGUGCGAUAUCCGCUGUUUUCGCAGAAUAGUGUUAAAAGUGCUUCGGUGAUUCAGAGGAGGGAAAGGAGGCGAGCUUUUCACUAGACCACGUGGCAGUUCCAGGCGGAGGACCUAUAGGUAACGGAUGGAAAAAUCGAAUCGCCUGUCGCCAGACGGCUCAAGUCAGCAAUUAGAUCGACAAAAAGUGUUUUCUACAUAUCUAACCCACAAGCUAAAGACGUCGUCAAGCUAUCGUUAGUCACCGAUAACAACGCCAUAAAAUGGGAUGGGACUGGGACUGGGCAGUAGGAGGCAUCUCCGAUGAGAUUCCGAGGACGACGGGGCCAGAGUGCAUCAACUACAUGACAGACCGACGGCGUUGGGUGGAGACAAUACUGUUGUCCGCCCUCUUCAUCUUCAUAAUGCAUCGCUCUUGGCAACGCCUGGCGCCGAUCAAAUUGCCGCCGCUCCACGAGAUCCAAAAGCCACACAGUCCCACGAGGCUGUUCCUCCUAAUCGCUUUGUCCAUGAUUUUCGGCAUCGAGAUGGGCUUCAAGCUCUCUGGCCAGUCAAUGAUUUUUGCACUGAAUCCCUGUCACGUGCAAUCCUGUCUGCAGAUCUAUCUCCUGGCCGCCAAGCCCACAAAGACGACGACAGCGCUCUUUCGCAUACAGAUGAGCAAUCUCAACGGCCCGUUCCUGGCCUUCCUCUUCCCCGAGGUGGAGGGUCGAACAUAUCCCUUCGAGCAGGCCACUUAUUGGAUUCAGCACGCACUGCUCUAUAUAAUCCCGAUUUACAUUAUUCGGAGCGGAGCGUACACUGUCGAGGACCUCAGCGAAUUCCACUGGUCCCACAUAGGUACAGCCUUUAUGCUGUUUUACCACUUCCUCUUGCUCUCCCCGCUUUCCAUUUUCACCGGCAUCAAUCUGGACCACAUGCUCUGUGCGGCGGUGUCGGAUCCGUUCCAAGGCCCCAACUACCGGCUGUUUGCGUGUUGCCACCAGAUGUUGCUCUGUCCGCUGCUGAGUAAGGGCACAGUGUUGCUGUUCGGCCGACGGAGUAGGAGCAGUCCCGGCCUGAACGGAUCGGGCGGACUGCCGGACAAUAGAAACGAGGCGGCCCAGUACCAUCAACUGACUACGGCCGAGUACGCCGGGCAGGGGGAGGCACUCAUGCGGCACCGCUUCAGCGCCCAAGAAGCGGCGGAGGAACAACAUCAGCAUGACGCCGGCGACAUGGCCUCCCUUUCGGCGGAGUACACCAUGCCUACAACUAAGAUCGACUAGUACAGGAGCGGCGAGGGGCCCAGAAACGCCUACUGCGUCUAUUAUGGCUGUCAAUUCACGAACCACGUAGGGCCACUUCAGUCCCUGUUUUUCAGAUAGCCGAUAUGAAGGAUUUCAUGUGAGAACUGAAAGCUGAAUGUGUUGAACAAAAACGUGUAGAUAAUAACAAUUAAGGCUAAUUUUCAUGCUCAUCGAGGUUAUACUUCUAAACAAAACCGAAAACACUUCUUAAAGUUAUAUACUUGUUCAAUAGAAACCAAUUCUUACUUUGAUGGCAAAUCAAAAGAUACAACACUGCAAGGAUUAAUAAUAGUGUACAUUUCUUAAAUUGUAAGCCCAUAGCGAACAACAAAUAAAUUAAAAAUUCAAAUUUAGCGCCAAGGGCUGGGCAACUCCGAAAGUUUGCAGACGGUCCGGCAGCUCUGAUAAAGUGAACUGGAAAGAGUCAACCGUUUUUUCCGUAGCUGCAGAAAAGUCAAUAAUAAAAGGCGCAAAUAGUUAA